AUGCGCGGGCCAACUCCCAAGAGAUCUCAGCUGUUUGUGUCUACAGAGCAAGGCUCAAGGCCACGGAAGAGGGUGCCGACCUGGCAGCUGAAUCCGCUCCACGGUCGGUCCGCCGGCCUUGGUGUGCGAGACUUUCUCGUUUCAAAUCCAGCCUGUGACAGCUGCUCCUUCAGCGCGGGCGGCAACCAGCCCAAUCGCACCGGAUCUUGCGAAGAGCCUCAUCGACCCAACUGUGCCGGUUUCCGACCAGCCAACCCAGCUGAGAAGGAAGUCAAAAACUGGGGUCGGGGGUUACUGUCGCGUGCUCCUUGUCCAAAUCUUGCAUGGGUCGUCGUCCACCUACUGCCUGUGCAAGGCGGAAAGGGGGGAGGGAGAGUCGAAGAAAAAAGGGCUCCUCCGGUUGAAGCGCCGUCAUGCCAAGGUGCCGAGGUGUCGCGCGUGUGCCUCCGCACCCCUGUCCGUCCGAAAGAGCGCUGUUUCAGCGCCGGGGUCCCGUCGCAUUGUUUCACGCCCGCCCACGCCCGCGCACCCCAAAUUUGGCGACAGAUGACACAGUCCAGCGCAGAGCAGUGUAUCAGAAAGGGCAAUCACCAUGGCCUGGUUGGCCGCUUCGAGUUUGCCGAGCCCAAGGGCUUCGAAUAUAUGGAGGUUUACGAUAAAUUUGAAGAAGAGUUGGCCUACAAAACCGACAAUAUGCAGUUGCUACGCCCCAUACUGCUGUCCUGGUUGACCAUCGCCUCCGUGGUCCGGGGUGAAGAGCUCGAAGGCCCUACCGUACCCGCAGCGUGCCGCACAAUCUGCGAGCCCAUCGUCCUCCUCUCCAAUGCCUGCGACGUCGAGCUUGACGAGGACAAGAAGAAGAAGAGCAAACGUGGUGACGGCCCUCUCGACGAGCUCGAAGAUAGGCUCGAGGCCGGCUGCCUCUGCCAGAACAAGAGCUUCGACGUCGCCAAGAUCUCCGCCCUCUGCGCCGACUGCAUCAUGCAGAACCCUACCGACAAAGAAGCCGUCAAGGACGUCAGCAAGAUCAUGUCCGAAUGCGCCUUCUCGUCCACCAAGUACGCUCCGUCCGCAACCUCUCUCGUCGCCGGCAUCACGAUAGUCGCCAUCGUCCCCACGGUCCAAGGCGUGGCGAGCCCGCCCAAGCAGACGGGCGGCCUGGGAGACUCCAACUCGGUCAACGCCGGCGCGCAGCCCCAGAGGAGCCUUGCUUCCAGGAGGAGCUUGGCCACCUCGGCCGACGGGGCCAUAUCGGCGGCCCUCGGCGCCGUCGUCCUCGGCUUUCUCUUCUGUACAAUCGCGUUAUGA